CGGGGCCGCUGAAAGCGAAGGCUGGGCGCGCCAUCCAUCCUACAGCAACAAUUGCUUUGCAGGUGCUCGGUCUGUCUCAGCCUCCAUCCCCCGGGAAGCAGGCAACACUUUCCACAUUCCCAAGUUAAGGUUGAUGCUAGUAAAGGUUUCAUUUUCCUGCAUCUCUAUAUUACUCAAAUCUAGACCACGUAUAUGAAUUCACAGCACAGAAGCUCUCAUCCAAUGAAGAAUCCAGGCUCAUAUAUUUGCUACAGAUAAAAUCUCAUUUUGGCAAUUCAUUCCCUGUUGGAAGGCUGGAAGUGUCACAGCUCGGCUGCUGCUUCUUUGCAGGGGAAUGCUGUUUAUGUGGAAAAGUGUUGCUUGCACCCAGACAUGCUGCAAAAGCACUGUGUGGGGCUCUCUUUGCAGAGCUGUAAGCCAUGCCUUCAUUUGCUGAGCAUCCGUGCCAUGGCCUUCCUACUUUCACCUCCCUGAAUGUCUCAGAACCCAUACCCUGAAGAUACUGUCCUCUCCCCAGCAAUUUAGAGAAUACAAGCAUGCAGUGAGCACAUGAGUAUGACAAGUCAGCUGUGUGGUCACAGUGCUCCUUUUGCAGCAUUUCUGCACCUGUGUUAUUAACUCAGGUAGCUCAGACUCUUCAGAGAUUUUCAUAUUCAUGCUGAUUUAUAUUUCUAGUCUAUUUUAUAGGACUUCUUCAUUGUUAAUAAUUUUUUCUUACCACCUUCUAUGACCAAUUUCUGUAAUAGCAUUUCUGGAAUACAGUUAGGUUUCCCUGAACAAAUAGCUAAGGGCAGAUGAGGUGCUUUCAAAGCUCCCAGAGAAUACUUGUUUUUAUAUGUCCCUUUCCAAGUUAGGUUUGCUGUUAUUCAAGCACAAGCUCAGGACUGAAGCUAUUCAAAGUACUUUCAAAAUAACCACAUCCAUGAACAUGCAAGCAGUUGGGCUGUAGACAUCCAAGAAGAGAACAGAUGGCCACUAAUGUGGUCAAUUUUGUUCCAAACUGUCAUUUAGGAAGUGAGUUUUUAGGCACCUGAGGCUUCGUCAUGCCAAGAGGAUGAAUAUUCCCAGCUUGAGAUGGUGUAAAGAUACCAGUUUCCUGAGUAUUCAGCCACUAGAAAAAAAUCCUGUAGGGGGUUCUGUGAGAGAAGGACUGAAACCCAGAACCCCAGGAAGAUUAUCCUGGUUAUUUUCUUGAUCUUCUCAAGUCGUUCUGUAAACCUGAGAGUAAAGGCUAGGUCCAGAAAAAAUGAUACCCUGUCACCCCAAACCACCAAAUGGCUGAGGCUGGGUUCUUCACACCAAACACUGGUAGAAUUGAGGUGGUGAUCCUGCUAGAAUAAGAAUUUCAACAUCUUCCUUCCAGCUGCCUCACAAAACCUAGUGCCCAUGGUGUUCCCCUUCAUCCCCCCACAGGUGCAGCCAGCACCACCAGCUCAUACCUCUGUUUUUCUCAGCUCAGUAUUAAGCUGUUUUCCUCAUUCCUAUUUUCUUGAGGAUUCAGAUUGUUUCUUCUGGCCUCAGAAGGACUUGCAGUGGCCUUUUAUUUCACAGUAGGAUGUUAAGAAGCCUUUCUUUUUGCCUGUGUCUAUAUGGGUAAUGAACCAAAGGAGGAGAAGAAUUCUCACCUGUAAAAAAAAGAUCAAGCUCUGUCUAGGGCUAGCCCCCACAAAAUGGCUCUGCAGAUUAUAAAUGAUACAAUGCCUGUCCCCACAAUGCUGUCCUAAAGGCUAUCUUGGAGGAUUUUGGGAUCCAGGCCAGGUUAGUUAGCAUUCAGAGUCUUCUGACUCAGGACUUUGACAGAUACACUGCAGCAAAUGAAAAGGUGUCUGACUGACUGGGAGAGGACAUCUAACCUGUGUGCAGCACUGAAAUGUGAAAGCAACAAAAGGUACUCAAGGUACCACGGGUUUGGGGAUAAAUAAUUUGAACAAAAUUUCCUCUGAACUUUAGAGCUUCUGAAAUUACAGUUUCUGAAAUUCAGGACAAGGAACAGAACACAAAGCUGCACAUUAGAGUUUCCCAGAACCAAUCCCCCCCAGGCAAAAUACACAGUUUUUUCAUGCAGCUUUUUCAGGCAAACUAUUGUUAAAUAAGACUAAGAUAUCAAUUUCUCCACAUUUCAGCAUCAGUCAAGCUUUGCACAGAGAUUUGUCCCAUAAUGUCUCCUGACAAGCACAUAAUGUACAAACAAAUCUCAUCUAAUUCCAGUGUGUAAGCUGCAAAAUUACUAAGACUGGAAGUCAUAUUCUUGGAAAAUUACUUUGUGGUGAAGUAAUGUUAUGUCAAACACAAACCUAUUUGUCUGGACUCAGCUCAAACUCAAGGUUCUCCAUGGCCAGCCUACCCCUGACAUUCUUCUCAAUAUCUUUCAAGAGAGCAACUGGCAUUUUUGGGUCUGGCUUUUCCAAUCAGUGACUAGGUAUAAUUUUCUGUAUAAACCUUCUUUUUAAUUUUUAUAACCCAUUACUCUAGAACUUCUGGAAAGUAUUUUUUUUUCCUUGACUGGCUUUUGCUCAAAUCAACUGACUUCUAACAUAAAUUUGUGGUAUUGAACUUUCUGUAUUUUUUUUUCCUGCAGAAGGUCAAAUUAAUUAGAAAAAUUGGAAGUAUGCCAAAUGAAAAUUCAUAUAGCAGGUGGGCUUUACCUAUGAUGUAUUUUCAGAAAAUAUUGGUUAUUGACAUUAUUUCUAAUUCCUAUAGGCUGUAUCUGGAUCUUGCUUCCAGCUUAACAGGAAUUGAAACAGCAUGACUCAAAGAGCCAAAUAUAAUUCAAAACAAGGAAAGAUCUCAUACAAAGGUCUACAGAAUAAACAGAGCAUUGGUUGUUAUGCUCUGGUAAAUGUGUAAAGAUUAACAGGAAACAUUUAAUAUCUACUAUACUGAGCUUUAUUGGAAGAAAAAAGACAUACUUCUGUUUUGCCCUUUUGCUCUUCAUUCUAAAAUUUUCGUUCUUUAGGAUAACAGUCAAAAAACCCAUAAAUUUUGAAGUGAGAAAGGAGACACCAAAGAAGAUAAAAGUUCUGUCCGUUUCUGUCUACUCAGGAAUACCAAAAGUUAUUUUUACUUUUUCUGUUGUUUUUACCUGUAGGCUGACUCAGAGUAUGGCUGCUCUCAGCCAUGGCUGCAGUACAGAGCACACACACUGGAACUCCCUUUAACCUGGCUGAGCAGUGCAGGCACCUGAACUGUGUAGCCAUGGCAGCACAGAGCUCUGAGUGGCCUAAUUACUCUGCCAAGAAAUAAAUGGAUACUGGCAAUUCCCUGGAGAAAAAGAGGUUGAAUUGUUAAUAAAAAGAGUUUCCCCUGAGGCACACUCGUUAAAUAGGUGUUAGCAAGAGCCAGAAAGCCUCCAGUUCUAACCUUACAAUAAAAAUGUCUUUGUCCUUUGGCACUUUUGAUGUCCCAGCCUUCCAAUUCUCCCACUGUCUACAGAUACAAAAGAAAGAUGUGAUUGCAAUAUCUGAUGGAAAACGUGAAAUAAAGCAAAUUAUCCUCACCCCCAACUAAAAUCUAUAAGUAAAAUCACCUUAAAAAGACAAAUACAGGAAGUUUCUCCUUUCUGGAAACAUGCAGAGCUCUCCUGGCAGCAGUGGGGUGGAGUUGCUUGAGCAUCCUGCUUCCCUAGGACACACGUCAGGGUCAGCCCCCGAGGAGCAGGGGCACCUCUCCUGUUUACUGUGCCUGGGAAAAUGGCAGGGUAUGUGUGGGGAAGACCAAGGAGAAGAAACAAAUGAAAGCAAGAUUUAGGGGAAGGGAAUUGAUUCUGUUAUCUCUUCUUCCACCAAUCUUUACUCAUACACAAGAGUGGACGUGUAUAGAGAAAGGUGAAGGGAUUUUAGCAAUCUGCUCACUUUCUUACAAGCUCAAAAUACACCCAAUAUUUUUUUCUGAAACUGGAGCCCAAGACUUCAGACUGUGCACACACAGUCUUUUAUUUCACAAGUUGGAUCUAUCUAUGUAGACUCUGAGCUAAAUCAAAUGAGUAAAAUCCACAUUAUUUAGCUGAAAUUGCCUUUGAGGUCAAUGCAAGUUUAACUAGUUUAAGUACAGAGAUGUAAAGUCAUUUCAGGAAACAUACUGGCUUUCUGCAUGUGGAGACCUUAGAGAGUUUUGCCAAAUCACAAUCUGUACACUUGUGCGAAGUCUGACAAAAUGCUGUUUGCAACAACUGAAAUUUCUGUUUUGAGGAGACAGAAAGCAGGAAAAUUGUGAGUCUGCUGUCUCAAAACAGAGGCCAGUAAGUGAAUGGUGUGUAGAGGCUAAUAGUUGCAAUUUUAUCACAUUAAUUUAAAUGUGAAAAAACAACAGGACACUUCUAAAAUCCAAGCUGGUUUUCAUUUUCAAAUGUUCAUAUGUUACAGCUCAGAUGCAUGCACCCCAUUUAGAGCUAACCACACUGAUUUCAUAUUUCUAUGCAGGCAAAGAAGCAAUAGAGGUGAAAAUCCCACAGAGCCACCAGGAUGUGAUGCCCAAGGAUGAGCAGUAAUUACUGCAGCAACACUUCAGCCAGUAUGAGUGUCAACGAAAUGUCUGCCUUCCCUCUGACUUUAGAACAAAAAACUGGCUUUGCCUUUGUGGGGAUUUUGUGUGUUUUCCUGGGACUUCUAAUUAUCAGAUGCUUCAAAAUCUUGCUAGACCCCUACAGCAGUAUGCCUUCUUCCACAUGGGAAGAUGAAGUUGAGGGGUUGGAUAAAGGAACAUUUGAAUAUGCUCUUGCAUGAAAACUCACAGAAUAUCCUGCCUUAAAUUUGAUGUUGAUUUCAUUUUAGAAACCAACUGUUGUUACAUUUGUUAUACAUACCUGCAUUUUGGAGAUAUGUUGGUGGCAUCCAUUUUGUUAAAUAAAUAUUUGUUGCAAACUCAAAAGGUA